UUUCCUUUUCGGCAAAAACGAUCGACCUCACACUCGAACCCGAUUGUGACCAUGCUCCAUGCCGACAUUAUAAGGGCAAAUGAUACUCGACUCACUACUCAUCUGCGAGCAUAUACCCAUAAUUACGCGAAGAUCAUCGCGCUCAUCAAUCCGGCAACGCCGCAAUAUUAUUAUAAUCAUCAUUAUCAUCAUUAUCAUCCUGAUUUUCUCCCCAUUGACCUUACUCCGAGGUCAUGACUUAUGCUCACCGGAUUGGGUUACUGUGUAGAUCACCUUCACUAUGGAGAUAUAAAAACUGCCUGCAGCUGUCAAUCCCUUGUGGUUCAGUGCCACGCAUACGCCUCGGGUUGGGGACCCAUUCAAAGCC